AUGCCAGGAUUAGACAGGGAAUUGGUGGAGCACAAGCUGCCAAUCAAAGAGGGAUACCUUCCAGUCAAACAGGCCAGAAGAAGAAUGUCUAUGGACACAGAACUGAAGGUCAAAGAAGAAAUAGAAAGGUUGCUCAAGGUAGGAUUCAUCAUACCAGCCAUCUAUGCUGAUUGGCUAGCUAAUAUUGUACCAGUCUUGAAAAGAAAAACCGGGGCAGUCAGAAUCUGUGUGGAUUACAGAAAUCUGAAUGAAGCUUCUCCCAAGGAUGAGUACCCUAUGCCAAUGGCAGACAUGCUAGUAGAUGGAGCUGCUCAUAACCAGAUGCUGUCUUUCAUGGAUGGCAAUGCAAGUUACAAUCAGAUCAUGAUGGCAGAAGAAGACAUCCCCAAGACAGCCUUCAUGUGUCCAGGACAUAUAGGUGCUUUUGAGUACACUGUAAUGCCUUUUGGCUUAAGAAAUGCAGGAGCUACUUAUCAAAGGGCAAUGAAUUCUAUCUUCCAUGAUAUGAUAGGGCAUUCUUUAGAAGUGUAUAUCGAUGACGUGGUGAUUAAAUCCCCAGAGGAGGGAAACCACAUAUCAAAUCUAAGAAAGGCAUUCCAAAGAAUGAGGCAACAUAAACUGAAGAUGAACCCAAAAAAGUGUGUUUUUGGAGUUCAAGCAGGAAAUUUCAUAGGAUUCUUGGUCCACCAGAGAGGCAUAGAAAUUGAUAAAAACAAAGCAAAAUCCAUCAUAGAAGCUCUACCGCCUAGAAACAAGAAAGAAUUAUAG